GGCACGUAUUGACUCCCUUCCUUCUACUGGUGACCAUAAAUGUCCGUCUUCAACAAAAGAUCAUCAGGCUUUUCUUGGUGAAAUCAAAGUGGUACACAGGCUGAUACUAGGGCGCUCCCAUCCAAUAAAAGAAAGAGAAUCUUCUUCUGGAGUGCCUUACCAUUCUCCAGCUAUUGAAACACGGCGCAACAAGCCGAGAUUUGAUAAAAUACCUUAUUCUAAUGAUCAUUACACUGCUGGCAACGGCUGCAAGUCUGGAUUGCUCAUUUCUAAUGAAGUAAAUGCAAAGGAUCUUCCUGUAAGAUCUCAGCCAGAUUUUGUUCUUGAUGAUUCCUUUUGGAACAUUGCCCCCCACGAAGGAGGCGUGUCUGAUAAGGAUGGUGACGGCACUGUACAUAAAGAUGAUGCGAACAUGGCCGAGCAUCAAAUGCUUUUCAGGAACUUUGGAAACAGGCUUUGUAAAAGCAAAGUAGUCGGCUCCCCAAAAUACAUCAUAACAAAUGAUGAAUUGUGUGUCAAUGCAAGCCUAAAAUCUAGAUCUGAAGGGAAAGAUGGAAGUCAAGAUAGAAGCUCUCAAGUGAAACGUUGUAUACAUAAUGAAGAAAAUCCUGAUAAUACCCUCACUGUGAUGGACUCUACAUUUGUGAUCCAAAGUCAGCACUCAGUUGCUGAGAAAAAUGUCAGCAUGGCACAAGACUUGAGUAAGUCCAAAUUAAAAUGGAAAAUUUAAAUGUAAUUUUAGUGUUCCUAGAAUGUGUGGUAUUUUUUCUCUUUGGAGUUUACUACGAGAAUCUCUGGUGAUGAAUGCUGUCUUUUUUAAUGUCAUUUACUCUCAGUGAUGCUCGUGUGCUGUAUGUUUUUGUCUUUUAUCUAUAGAUGCUGAUUCUGAUAAAGUGGAUGGCUGGGUGGAACACAAGCUGGGAACCCUACUAGACAAGAUGUCAGUCAGACCCAACCAUCAAGGUCUAAUUAUUUACCCUAUCAUUCUUGAGCCCUUUUUUUGCUUUGAAAAAUUUUACCAAUAUUUUAAUUAAGUUUUGCCAGGACUUACUAUUAUUGCAACAUGCAGGGACUUACUAUUAUUGCAACAUGCAGGGACUUACUAUUAAUGCAACAUGCAGGACUUACUAUUAUUGCAACAUGCAGGGACUUAAUAUUAAUGCAACAUGCAGGGACUUACUAUUAAUGCAGCAUGCAGGGACUUACUAUUAAUGCAGCAUGCAGGACUUACUAUUAAUGCAACAUGCAGGGACUAAAUAUUAAUGCAACAUGCAGGACUUACUAUUAAUGCAACAUGCAGGGACUUACUAUUAUUGCAACAUGCAGGGACUUACUAUUAUUGCAACAUGCAGGGACUUACUAUUAUUGCAACAUGCAGGGACUUAAUAUUAAUGCAACAUGCUGGACUUACUAUUAUUGCAACAUGCAGGGACUUAAUAUUAAUGCAACAUGCAUGACUUACUAUUAUUGCAACAUGCAGCUGUGUUGGAAAAAUUUGUAAUUAGUUUUUUAAAAGAGGCAAACACUCUUGGCUUGUUGUGUAGAUAUAUGGUUGACAGGAAAUGGUAGACAUAGUCAAUUAUGGAAGUGACCUUUGAAAUCAAACAAUUAGCAUAUGAAAUUAACAGGAAACAUAGAAAAUUAAAAAUUAAAAAAAAAUUAAAUAAAAUUAGAUAAGAGGGAAAUAGUAGAUUACUAUAAAACGCAGAGGACUGCUUAGGCAACAUUAUCAAGUGUCACAAUCCAAUGUGGAUUGGUUUCUAUCAUCAAAUUCCUUUACAUAUUUACAUGUCGUAAUCACACCGAAUGGAACACAAGUCUCAUUCAAUUAGCAAUGUAACUUUAAUACAAAAAAUAUAUCUGUUAGGCUGUAGUAAUCAACCAUGUGUGUCGCAGCUUGCUAUAAGGAGAAUUAAUGCUCAACCAUCCAAAGACAGUCUAGGCCAGGGGUCACCAAACUUUUUUCAAAUUGGGCCAGAUAAUGGAAAAAAUCACACACCCGGGCCGGAUAAUAAUUCUGUACAAUACUUGCAAGCCAGAACAAAAGCUUUAUGAAAAAAAGACUUAAAACUAACUUUAGUAUUCUAUGUUAACCAUGGAUGAGUGGCGUGCAAUGCAAAAAAGCAAAGACAACCCACAUAUUUAUUUACUAAAAAAAGUUAGCAAAUAUUGCGACUUUAGCAAAAAAGAUAGUUACAUCAGACCUAGUGCGUACAUAUUCGAACCUCACAAACUAAGCAGCCAAAAAGGUGAGUGAGAUUUGUCAAACUGGCGUUUGGCUUUCAAGAUAUCAUCAAUGUUUGGUUUGGAAUUGCUGCAUCCAAUCAAAAGAAUUGUUUCCAAAUGUUCAUCAAUCCCUCUCGUUCGAUGAGUUGACUUCACAUACUUUAUUUUUUGAAAAUGUUUGCUCACAGACAUAAGUUGUUCCAUGCAUGCUGCAAACGGAUGCCAACUCUUCCGCUAUCUGAAAGUCCAAAUUGACACCACAAAUAAACACAAGAAGUUGUGAGAGAUCAUUAGACUCAUCCAGUGCGAGAGACUACUACAGCACAUUCCUAGCUUUCCCACGCAUCUGUAGCACUAUGUUCUCUCCAAGUUUUUCUGUUCUCUGAACUUGCUGAAAGACUAAUAGUUCCAACUGCGGCGACUACGAUUUUUAAUGUCCCCGUAUGUUUCCAACACUCCUCUUUCUUUCACCCAUUUACAGUUUGUGGUAGUUAUCAGACCAUAAUAUAUUAGCGGGAAUAGGCUUAAUGGAUAUUGAUUCUUAUUUUACUAUUUUUUUAAACAAGCUUUUCCUAAAAAACAACAAGCUCAAGGUACUUGGUAGGUUUUCUAAAUGAUGUCUCAUUUGUUAAUUAAUUCUCAUUUAAAUACAUCUCGUGUUAUUCUGAUCUGAGUUCUAGUUUGAACCACAUUAAAUUUCACCAGUAACUGUAUUUUACCAGUGACAGACUGUAAUAAUGUGAUUUGUAGGUCCACUCGAUAUAAAUUAAUAUCAAUAACAACUACAUGCCUGCAAAACAAAGUGACAGCAGAUUGCAAUAUAAACAUCGGUCAUCUACUUUUAGAAGUUAACUUUUUUGACGCCAGCUUGACUCACUCCCACUAGGCACUGCAAAGCGAGUAGUUAUUGUAUUAAUUUUACAUACUUUAUGUUUAUUUACAUACUUUAUGUUUAUUUAUUUACUAUUAAGAUACCGUAUUGUACGAUUUUGAGCCGAUCUUUUAUGAUUUUAGGAGUUCCAGGGUAAACAUGUUUGUAAUAAACAAGAUAAUCUAGAUAUAAUAAUUUAAAAUUGUAAAUGGUAAAGUAGGCGCAUAGCAGCCAGGAGGUCUCCGUACAUGUGAAGAUGUCCUAGUAUUCUAAACAUAAUAUUGAAAUUUAAAUUGUAUCACAACGUCUCAUUUCCACACAUUCUAUCAAGUUCAAGUACCGUCGACGGGCCGGAUGAACUGGUCUCGCAGGCCGGAUCUGGCACACUGGCCGUAGUUUGGUGACCCCUGAUCUAGACAAUAUGUCAUAAUUUCAAAAAAUAUAAGUCAUCAAAAUUAAAGUUGGAAAAGGCAUUCAUUAACUACUAACACUCAUAACACACAGUGCACAAUAAACACAAUACCUGGUGGGGGGCAACAAUUACUAGUGAAUUCCCAUAUUGGACAGCAAGGAUGUUGAAUAUGAGGCAAAUAUCAUGGGUUCUUACAGCAUUAAAAAAAAAAUUGAAAGUCAGCCCCCAUCCAAUUUUGGGCACCUUCCUGGAGCAUUGUUAUUUGGUAUUCUUUGGUCAGUUUGGGUUUUUUUACUUUUUUUAAAAAUAUAUAAUGUUAAUUGCUAAACAAUGUUUCUUUAAUUUAAAUUUAAAUGCAAUCAUAAACUCUGCGGUCUUGUCGUUUACAAUGGCAGCCAACCAAUGUUUCUUUAAUUUAAAUGCAAUCACAAACUCUGCGGUCUUGUCGUUUACAAUGGCAGCCAACAAAUGUUUCUUUAAAUUAAACGCCAUCUUAAACUCUGUGGUCUUGUUGUUUACAAUGGCAGGCCAAGAAACAGACUCUAGUGGUAGCUUCCAUGGCCUGAAAGAUAUUUCCUCCUCUUCAACUCUUGGUGAAGGCUUGCUGAGACCUGACAAGCUGUGCGCCAAUGUCCUUCCAGACUUGCAGACCUGCAAAAAGCCGGCAGAGAACCCAGGAAGUGAGUUUGAGGACGAACUGAUGAAAAUUGAAACGGCUAAGUCUGCUCCUGAGGUAAUGUCUGAUUUAUUAUGUGUCCUAUUAUUUUUAUGGUUUUCAAAUCAGGUAACUGAGCAUAUAUCUUUGGAGCAAGAGUUGCUCAUUAGUAGGCAACUGACCAUACUAAUGAGUUCUGACAUUUGGAAUGUCCACCAUAUAUUUUUGGAGCAAGAGUUGCUCAUUAGUAGGCAACUGACCAUACAAAUGAGUUCUGACAUUUGGAAUGUCCACCAUAUAUCUUUGGAGCAAGAAUUGCUUAUUAUUUUAAUCAGGUCUGCACAACCCAAAAUAUAAGGCGGGCCAUAAUACUUUAUGAAAAACUUGUGCGGCUGGAAAGAAAAAAGGACGGGUUGGGGGGGGGGGUGGUUGUAAAGCUAUUAAGAAAAUAAUAAAUAAUGUUUCGUUACUUACGAAAUAAAUUUAAUGGGACACAUUGCAUUGUUUUUCUGCAAAAAGUUUGUCCUAUUCAGGAGAUAUAUUGGAAUUAGCUGUUCUCAAGAUGUCUUCCAAAUGAUCAUCACUCAAACAUGAGCGUGGCUUGCAUUUAUUAAUGUUCAUUAUUGAAAAUGUCGGUUCACAUAGAGAAGUGGUUCCAAAUAAACUCAAAGUUUUUAGUGCAACUCAGUAAAGAUUGUUGUACUUCUCAUGGUCCAGAUUUUUAUAAAAAUCCUGCAGGCUGCUCUCUCUGUCCUUGCUUCAGUAAAUUGCCGAACAUGGUAGUUUGAUAACUUCCAACUUCAGUUGAACUGGCAUGUCCUCGUGAUUCACAGAAAAGGGAUUUUCAAUUAGUUUAAACUGAAUUUCUUCUUCUUUAGAAAGAGUAAGUCUUUUAUCUAAUUCUUCUAUCAAAAGAUUAAUUUCUUUAACAAAUGUUGUUCCCAGCAAGAACUGCUUGUCCUGAUGCAUAUGCUGUGCACAAGUGGAGAAGUGACUCUUUUCAACAUUUAGUAACUGGGAUUUGAAAAGUUUCAAUUUCAGUUUAAAAGCUCUUCCUGCUGCAAACAUUUCAUAAACCUUGAAGUUGAACGUUGAGGCCAUUUAGAUGUGUCUUAAUAUCACAACAGAAGAAGAGGUCAUGAUUCCAGGACUCAUCUUAAAGCUCAGGGAAUUCCUUUGCUUCGUCUUCUAGGAAUUUAGAUAUUUCCUUCUUCAAAGCAACGAAUUGCUGAAGCACUUUCCUUUGGCGUAACAAUCUCACUUCUGCAUGUCUUUGUAGUCAGCGUCUAUAUCAUCAAGAAAAGCUUGAAAAGCCCUAUGUUUGAGUCCUCUUGAUCUUAUAUAGUUGACUAUUUUGAUAACAAUAGACAUAACAUGUUCUAAAUGUAACACUUGGCUACACAAGGCUUGCAAAUGUAUAAUGUUAUGAUAUUUGUUAUUUGCCUUCCGAUAAAAUUUUCCAGAAGUGCAACUGCUCCCUUAUUGAUACCCCUCAUAUUCCAGGCACCGUUGGUACAAAUGGCCACUAAUUUUAUAAAAUCUUAUCCCAACUUAUCUUAUCCCAGCGAGUUCUUCUGUAAUUUCACAGUUUUUGUCAACACCUCUAAUGAAAAUGAAAAGUUGGGUGAUGUCUUUUAAAUCUGUACUUUUGUCCAUAGCUAGAGAAUAAAAAGAAAAUUCACAAGCUUUCUGCAUUAAUUGUUCUUGAAGAUUGGUGGAAAUAUCAGUUAUUGGUCUGUGCACUAUCACUCGCGAUAAACUGAUAUCUUGAAAUAAUACUGUUUUUUCCUGACAAUAAUUCAGACAUGGCGAUCAGCAUGCACUUCUUGACAAACUCGCCUUCAGUAAAGGAUUUCCCAGCUGUAGCAAUAUCCCUUGAAAUGCUAAAGCUUAUCUUGGUAGCUGUCUCAUUUUCACGACUCUUUUUCUUGAAAAAUGUGUGCUCUCCAGUAAGAGUUUUUGACAGAUUCGUUGCUUUAAUGGAUUUUACAUUUUGAUCCAAUUUUGAAAAAUUAGGAUAUUUAUAUUCAAAAUGCAGUCGAAGAUUUUACUCCUUCGGCACAGCAACUGUGUCACAACAUGUGAGGUACAGUAUUUUGCCCUUGAACACUGUAAAUAAGUAUUUAUUUGUCCACUCAGGAUUAAAAAUUCUGUGCUCUAUCUCAGGUUUUCUCUUUAUGCUUUGAUUCAUGGCGCUUAAAUAUUUAAAGUACACAUCAGGGCCGGCCUGACGGUUGCUGGUGAUCUGUUGCAAGCUUAACUUUGGUGCCCCUUUUAAGUUUCAUCAUUAACGCAAAAACUAGUUAUUAGGUCAUGAGUUUAUUACCUAUGUUUUUUUUAAAGAAACAAUGAACAAUAAAAUUGUUUUUGUUAACUUGUAUCAGCAUAUCUUUUUUAUUGCACUUUCUAUUUUUCUUCCAUGGCGCCCACAUGCAAUGCUUUUUCCUAUUUUGGAAGAUCGUUGAUGGCGCCCUAAGCUCACGCCGUGUAUGAAAAGUUAGAAUACCAUUUCUCGACCCUGGACCCGAGGUUCACACUUCACUAUAAUAAAUUAAGGGAAUUUAAAUAUUUACCAGCUAUGCCACGGUGCCCUGUGCGUUGCAAACAUCUAUAAGUAUAUUACCGAACUAAAAGCACAGAAUAUCAAAAUAAAGCAAUACAUGAGCUCUACACAACACAAUUCUACACAAUAUUACAAAAAUAGUAAAAGGUUAAUCUGCACAAAAGACACUAGUUUUGAACACACUUAGUUAUGUUGAUUGAGAAUACAUACGCGUGGGAAACCGUAGUCGAUUUCCCUGGCGAAAGAGUAAUUGCUCGGGAAAAGCGUGCAUGUGUGAUUUAUUAUCGUCAUGAGGAAAGAAGACAUGUAGUGAAUAUUUACACGGUAAAAAAUUAGUAAUUUAAUUUGAUUUAAUGAAACAAAACAUUCAUUUCAAGUAUGCGGGGGGGGGGAAUAAAUAAAUUUAUUGAUUAUUUAAAAAUUAAAUAAAAUUUAUAGUAUUUUUCUGUAUAUAUACCUAUCGUAAUAUUAUAAUUCAAUAAGCUAGGGAUUAUUAAUUUAUAAUAUGUUUUUUUACCAAAGUCUUUGCGGGUCACAAAGUGGGUGCCAGCGGGCCAAAAAGUGGGUGCCAGCGGGGCGUAUGUUGUGCAGGCGUGAUUGAAAUGUCAGAAGGAGAAAAGUGAAAGCACAGAUUAAUAUGCAAUUACGUAGCUUUUCAUUGAUGUAAACAUUUGCAAACAGAAUAUCUUAGACAAUGAUUACUAUUUUUGUUACAUAUGCUUCAUUUCACAUAUAUUUUAAAGAUUGAAAAAUUUAUUGUUAUAAGUUUCAGCUAGCAGCAUAUGUAGCAGUAUAUGUAGCAGUAUAUGUAGCAGCAUAUGUAGCAUGAUGUAUUACAUUGCAUAAAUGUUGUUAAAGAUAAUAAAAGAGAAUAAGAUGAAGGCUAAGGUUUUUUUUUAAUGUAUUGAAUAAGAAUAUUAAAUCCAAUCUUGGUAAACACAUCCAAAUCUCUAUUGAUGAAUUUGACAAAAAGUAUUUUUGUUCAGGUUGACGGAUGUGACUUUGAAUUUCGUGAGUUCUACAUUGAUGAUGACUUUGAAGACGGUGAAAGGGUUUCCUCUAGGCCCCUGGAAGAUUUAGACUGCAAUGUCUCCACACGCCACAACUCCACGGAUUGUUUACCAGAUAAAUCACGACAUGUUACAAAACAUGUCCAAGCAAAAUCCCCAUUCUCUUUAGCCCGACUCAUCAUCAAGCCCCCGGUUCCCCCUAGUAAAUGGCCGAUUGUACAUCACACCAACUCACGGGGUAACAUGUCUCAAUCGGCUCUGCGACAGAAUGAAGAAGAUAUUAAUAAGAUGCGGUGGAGGAAAAGCCACUGUGAAAGAGUCACAGAGACUAAAGAUGAGCCGUCAUUCAGCGUCAAGAAUCUGAAGGGAGACCCAGCCCCCCGGGGAAGAGAAGGAGUCCCUGCCGAGCCUAAACUUUUAACUUCAAACAGCAGCCUUGGGCACGGCACGAGUGACCCGGGCAUAAGCCUUAGUUCAAAUGACGUGAGCGGCAAAGUAAAUGACGAUGACACCCUGGUUGAGGUCGAUGGUGACCUCAACACUGUCUCUGAUGCGGACACGCCAGAUACUGUCCGUGACAAAGAAAUAAAUAGAAAGGUGUCUGCUGUUCGGUAUGUCACUGCACCGUCCCAGCUGACAAAAGUGAAUGAGAGUUGCCAGGUGUCGAUGCCCGGUGAUAGACCUAAAACCCAUUAUGACUCAGACGCGGCUGAAAGUGACCCCUGGGUUCACAGGAAGUUGAAAAUUAUCCAGGAGAAGAUACGACGUCGUAAGGCCAGGGCAAGUUACACACUCAGCAGCGACGAUGAUGAGGACCCGGGCUAUGUUGGAACUGAUGAUCAGUUACUACCACUGGCCAGUCCUGGGUCUAAUUACAUGUUACCAUGGGAACAAUUUGAUCCCUGCCCUGAUAUACAUCCCAGUUGGGUACUAUCUAGUACAGAACACAAGAUGACUAAGAACCAUGGGUUGGUGGAUAAGAGGGACUAUAAAUCCCAUAAGAACGGAGGUAAAACUUUCUCACCGGCAACACACAGGAGAUCACACGAGAACAAGAAAAUCAAAUAUAAUCCUAAUCUGUCUGACAUAGCCUCAAAUAACAGCAGAGCCGUGGGCAUUGAUACAUCAGAGAAGUUAAGACAAGAUGAAUGUACAACUGAAAACUCAUCUGACCAGCAUAAGUCAGCAACUGCUUCCUCCCUGGAGCACAAGUGUCAUGAUGGGUAGGAGCUGUUUGAAAGCACAAAGAAACGGGUGGUGUGAUGAUGGAGAGGGGCCUCCAACUAUUUCUAUUAGUUUGACCAAUUUUGAUCCAAAAAUAUAGCUCAGUCAUUUUUGUUAAGUUAUAUCUGAGUUCUAGAUUUCAAAGUUAAAAUCCAGUUCAUGUUUACAAUAGUGUAAAAUAGUUCAGUCAUUUUUUAAGCUGAGUUUAUGUGGAUUUAAGGUGUGUUUGCGGGGAGAGUUUGGACUUUGGUCAGGUUUGUGGGGAGAGUUUGGAUUUUGGUCAGGUUUGUGGGGAGAGUUUGGAAUAUGGUCAGGUUUGUGGGGAGAGUUUGGACUUUGGUCAGGUUUGUGGGGAGAGUUUGGACUUUGGUCAGGUUUGUGGGGAGAGUUUGGACUUUGGUCAGGUUUGUGGGGAGAGUUUGGACUUUGGUCAGGUUUGUGGGGAGAGUUUGUAAUGUGGUCAGGUUUGUGGGGAGAGUUUGUAAUGUGGUCAGGUUUGUGGGGAGAGUUUGGAAUGUGGUCAGGUUUAAAUUUUUUUUUACAGAAAUCACAUGAUUCAUCCCUGUCUAAGUGCUAGAUUAUUGAAUAAAAUUAAUGUGGCUGUAUUAAAAAAAAAAAGUAUGUGACACGUAUUAUCUGAAAUUUUUAUCUGGACAUUUUUAGGUUAACUGAAAUAAAGCACCCAUCAAUCUUACGUAGAACAAGCAAAAUCUCAAGUUCGUAUAAACUGAAAGAGGGCAAGAGCUGUUUAAAUCAAGUCCCUACUCGUGUUCCCCGUACCAAGUCCAAGGUCUCAGCCAGCCAUGGCUCAAAGUCAACUGAGAGAGUCAUCAGCUUCAAAGAUCUCACCGACACCGAUCACGACAAACCGAGCACAAGUAAAUUCAAAACCCAGACACAUCUGACUAGACCAGAAAGUGAGGUAACUGAACAAUCCCCACAACUUGAGAGGAGUUUUGUCAGCGUCAGUGAAGAUUUUGAAAUAAAGACUGUGAAAACCUGGCUAGAGAAGCACAACUUUGCUGAAAGUAGCUGCACCAGCAGUCCUCAGCCCACAGAUCAUCAUCAUAUAACAUCUAGGGUGCUUGAGCUCCAAAACAGCCAAAGUGGCAUUCAGAACACACCUUCAAACCGCAGUGUUUUCUCAGAACACAGUCUCGACAAAGUACCUUUCAUUUAUAAAGAGGAUGCCAUCCACAAAAACCCAAAAGCUAUAACUCCGCAGAGACAAGAGGUUCUGUCCUGGAUAAAUUCAGAUGUCGGUCUCAAAGAGCAUAAUUCUAAUGAUAAGUUUCACAGGGGUAAGUCGACCUGCUCAAUUCAAGGUCAACCAGAAGGGCAAGUGUCACGAUGUGAUGAUGAUGACCUAACCGAGGCAAAGGAGCAAGGAAACUUCAAUGUGGCACUCAGCCAUGUGAGACACAAGUCUUAUAACCCAAUCCCAGCCAACGAACAUUUUGUGACUCUGGAUCUACAGACACCUGCCAAAGAGAAAUUAGGUGAGAUCCUGAGGUUAAUUUUUUUUAAAAACAUUUUAAAACAUAUUUUGUAAAAAAACAACAACUUAAAGUUAAAAAAGAUACAAGUACCUGUUUAGUUAAUUUUGUUAGUGUCUCCACACACAAUAAUUUAGUUAGUCUCCCCACACACAAUAAUUUAGUUAGUCUCUCCAUACACAAAAAUUUAGUUAGUCUCUCUACACACAAUAAUCAAGUUAGUCUCUCCAUACACAAUAAUUUAGUUAAUCUCCCCACACACAAUAAUUUAGUUAGUCUCUCCAUACACAAAAAUUUAGUUAGUCUCUACACACAAUAAUCAAGUUAGUCUCUCCAUACACAAUAAUUUAGUUAAUCUCCCCACACACAAUAAUUUAGUUAGUCUCUCCAUACACAAAAAUUUAGUUAGUCUCUACACACAAUAAUCAAGUUAGUCUCUCCAUACACAAUAAUUUAGUUAAUCUCCCCACACACAAUAAUUUAGUUAGUCUCUCCAUACACAAAAAUUUAGUUAGUCUCUACACACAAUAAUCAAGUUAGUCUCUCCAUACACAAUAAUUUAGUUAAUCUCCCCACACACAAUAAUUUAGUUAGUCUCUCCAUACACAAAAAUUUAGUUAGUCUCUACACACAAUAAUCAAGUUAGUCUCUCCAUACACAAUAAUUUAGUUAAUCUCCCCACACACAAUAAUUUAGUUAGUCUCUACACACAAUAAUCAAGUUAGUCUCCCCACACACAAUAAUUUAGUUAGUCUCUCCAUACACAAAAAUUUAGUUAGUCUCUACACACAAUAAUCAAGUUAGUGUCUCCAUACACAAUAAUUUAGUUAGUCUCUCCAUACACAAAAAUUUAGUUAGUCUCUCUACACACAAUAAUCAAGUUAGUCUCUCCAUACACAAUAAUUUAGUUAGUCUCUCUACACACAAUAAUUUAGUUAGUGUCUCCAUACACAAUAAUUUAGUUAGUCUCUCUACACACAAUAAUUUAGUUAGUGUCUCCAUACACAAUAAUUUAGUUAGUGUCUCCAUACACAAUAAUUUAGGUAGUCUCUCCAAACACAAUAAUUAAGUUAGUGUCUCCAUACACUAUAAUUUAGUUAGUCUCUCUACAUACAAUAAUCUAGUUAGUCUCUCCAUACACAAUAAUGUAGUUAGUCUCUCCACACACAAUAAUUUAGUUAGUCUCUCCAUACACAAUAAUUUAGUUAGUGUCUCCAUACACAAUAAUUUAGAUAGUCUCUACACACAAUAAUGUAGUUAGUCUCUCCACACACAAUAAUUUAGUUAGUCUCUCCAUACACAAUACUGGAAGUUGUUCACCAUGAACUCCUUUUUCACAAUUACAUAAAUACAUAUAGAUGUUAGCAGUGUUACAGACAGACAGACACAUACAGGGGGGGAGGGGGGAAUUGAAAAUGAUAAAAUCGCCAAAGAAAGAAAAGUGAGGAGUGAGGUGGGAUGGAAACAAUAAGACAAAGUGGUAAUUAAAAAAACUAAAAAACGUGUAGAUUCAGAUGCAUUUUUGAAAAAGUAAACUUCUGGGAGGGAAGCAAGUGCUUCUCCCUUCUCUGAAUAUUUCACUGGGUGAAAUAGAAAUAUGGAAUGUUUAAUUUUUUUACAAAAAUAUGAGAAGGAAAAAAAAAAGUGAGAUAUUUUUAUUACUUUCAUUAUUUAUGUUAUGUUGAUAAAUAAAACAAAAAAUUAUGUAAUACACCUAUGCAUUUUUUUUUUUCAGAAUCCCAAACAGGCAAACAAAGAAAACAAAAAUGCAAAUUAGGCCUUCAUAGAUUUUAUAUACCAGUAAGUUUGAAUACAUUAGAAGGUGAUGAUUAGCGAGUUAAUGUUUUUCAAGCUUUUAAAGUUUGAAUUAGUAUGGAAUACAUCUUUGAAGCGUAAAAUUAUUUUCCUGAUUAUAAAAAUCAAGGAUAUCAUUUAAUAUUUUUUUACAUGUUGUAGUGGUUCACUCUGAUUGGAAUGGUGGCACACUCUGAUUGGAAUGUGGGCACACUCUGAUUGGAAUGUGGGCACACUCUGAUUGGAAUGUGGGCACACUCUGAUUAGAAUGGUGGCACACUCUGAUUGGAAUGUGGGCACACUCUCAUUGAAAUGGUGGCACACUCUCAUUGGAAUGGUGGCACACUCUGAUUAGAAUGGUGGCACACUGUCAUUGGAAUGUGGGUACACUCUCAUUGAAAUGUGGGCACACUCAUUGAAAUGUGGGCACACUCUCAUUGAAAUGUGGGCACACUCUGAUUGGAAUGUGGGCACACUCUGAUCGGAAUGGUGGCACACUCUGAUCUGAAUGGUGGCACACUCUGAUCUGAAUGGUGGCACACUCUGAUCGGAAUGGUGGCACUCUCUGAUUGAAAUGUGGGCACACUCUGAUUGGAUGUGGGCACACUCUGAUUGGAAUGUGGGCACACAUAAGAAAAAUUAUAUUUUAUGUUUUUUUGGUCAUAUUGGUACAGGAUUUUCUCUUAGCACUAAACUCUUAUCCCCAAUAUUACGUAAGUUGUUCUUUAUUCAUUUUGAGCUAUUUAAAUUUGAUCUAUGUCAACACAUCAACACAGACUGAAUUUGAACUCAAAUGACCUUAUUUUGACCAGCCUGUGCACUUUUGAUUUCAGCGUGACAUGUGGCCCGAGGGUUGUAAUGCCAGGCUUGAUGUGAGCAUUAGUCCGACUCAUCCAGAUUGCCAUAGAGUUGUCACCACAGCAACUGAUCCGGUGAGUGGUCGAGAGGAGACGCUUAUGGACCAGACCAUCUGCACAGAUAAAUUAAGAUCCACCCUACAGUUAGAUUAAAUUGCUGAGAUAAUAUGUGUAAAACAAUCCCAUUGAUCAAAAUCAUCUAUAAAAUUAACCCGUAACUUGAUAAAAUAGUGAAAAAUUACUCACUUUUAAAAAAUCUCCUCCCCCCCCCUCUAGUUAUUUCCGGAUCUUUGCAAUAAUGAAGAUAAGAGGUUUUUUUAAUGGUGGUUAAGAAAUAUUAGGAAACACUCAUACGGGAUAUUCACUGUCUUUUACUUUAUUGAAAUGUAUAAAUAAGCU